AUGAAGGUCAAAAGGCCUUUUGCAGCAGUACCACCAUCGGAGACAACAGGCGAGAGGAUAAGAGAAGAAAUGGGUGUGAGCAGUGACCCGAAUCAAGAGGGGUCGGACGAGCAACAACGAAGAUCCGAGAUCUACACCUACGAGGCUCCAUGGAACAUCUACGCCAUGAAUUGGAGUGUUCGCAAGGACAAGAAUUACCGCCUCGCCAUAGCCAGCCUUCUCGAACAGUACCACAACCGGGUCGAAAUCGUUCAGCUAGAUGAUUCCACUGGAGAGAUCCGUCCCGACCCGGCACUGUCCUUCGAGCACCCAUACCCGCCCACAAAGCUCAUUUUCAUACCCGAUAAGGAGUGUCAGCGCCCUGACCUUCUUGCUUCGGCUUCUGAUUUUCUUCGCCUCUGGCAGAUAUCGGAUGGCGGUGGUUCCUCUGGGGACGGGCGGCGCGUGGAGAUGAAGAGCUUGUUGAAUAAUAACAAGAAUAGUGAGUUUUCUGGUCCGCUGACUUCUUUUGAUUGGAAUGAAGCGGAGCCGAGACGUAUUGGGACUUCUAGUAUUGAUACUACUUGUACAAUUUGGGAUAUUGAAAAGGAGGUGGUGGAUACACAGUUGAUUGCUCAUGAUAAAGAGGUUUAUGAUAUUGCCUGGGGAGGUGUUGGGGUUUUUGCUUCGGUUUCUGCUGAUGGGUCGGUUAGGGUUUUUGAUCUCCGUGACAAGGAGCAUUCAACGAUUAUUUACGAGAGCUCCGAGCCUGACACUCCGUUGGUUCGGUUGGGGUGGAAUAAGCAGGACCCCAGGUACAUGGCCACGAUUAUAAUGGAUAGCAGCAAGGUUGUGGUUCUGGAUAUUCGCUUCCCGACUCUUCCGGUGGUGGAGUUGCAGAGGCACCAGGCAAGUGUGAACGCAGUCGCAUGGGCUCCUCAUAGUUCCUGCCACAUAUGCACAGCAGGGGAUGAUUCCCAGGCGCUUAUCUGGGAUCUUUCCUCCAUGGGGCAGCCGGUCGAGGGCGGGCUAGAUCCUAUUCUGGCAUACACUGCCGGUGCUGAAAUCGAGCAGCUGCAGUGGUCUUCCUCCCAGCCUGACUGGGUCGCUAUUGCAUUCUCCAACAAGCUGCAGAUUCUGAGGGAUCAAUGA